UCUUUCCGUUCUGGCCUAAUCCAAAUCGAGCCCCGACCCAAUCUCGUCCGAUUAGAUGGGGGAAGACCACACAGGAAGGAAGCCCGGCGGCGGCGAGCUUCCCGCUGUGGAAGGCUGCGUAGCCUCAGCUUCGCCGUUUCCUUCUCCGGCCAGUAGAGUCUCGUCCCUUUCCCUUCACGUCUGGCCUCCAUCGCAGCGGAAGCGAGAUGCUGUGAUCCGGCACCUGAUCGAUACCCUCGUCACCCUUUCCAUCCGCUCUAAGCGGUACGGAGUCCUCCCCCUGGAGGAAGCCUCCUCCACCGCUCUCCUCAUCGAGGAGGAAGCCUUCGCCGCUGCCUCCGCCGCGGCCAGCGGCCUUGUCGCUUCCGAGGACGAUGAAGUGGAGGUCCUACAGAUCUACUCAAAAGAGGUCGGCGACUGCAUGAUAAAGUUCAUGAAGGAGAGAGCCGUUUCCGCAUCCUCUCACUCCAUCGACGGGGACGGCGCUUCUUCGAAUCUGACUCCCGACGAUUCCUCCCACUCGGACGUUAAUGCUGAAGUAUCCAAUUUGGCGUCUUCAAUGGGCAAAAUGGUGAUUGAGCUCUGUACUUCCACCUCAGUUCCUUCCUUCACUUCUCCGAGUCCCAAUCACCAGCCUGAUAUGCCUCCUACUGAGAGGGAGGAGGAGGUGCAAGGCAAAGGAGAAUCAACAGGGGGAAGCUUGGAAGGCGAGAAAGGAAUACUGGUGCCUUACAUGAGGGAGCAUGUACCCACCUACCAUGGCUGGAUGCAGGAUCCUGCCAUCCUCACCGCCACCGCCUCUGAGCCACUUACUCUUGACCAGGAGUACCAGGUCCACUCCUCCUGGACCCAUGAUCCCCAGAAGCAUACUUUUAUAGUGCUAGAUAAGCAGUUGAUUCAAGGUGGUUAUGUCCCUGGAAAUCCCCAUGUCGAAGCUAUGGUUGGCGAUGUAAAUAUAUACAUGAACAAUCCGGAUGACUUGCAAAAGGCAGAAAUAGAAAUCAUGAUUGCUGAACCCAAAAGCCGUCAAAAGGGACUUGCUAAAGAAUCUAUCCUGAUGAUGAUGGCUUUUUCCGGGGAGGAAUAUGGAAUUCAUACUUUCUGUGCAAAAAUUGGUGAAUCAAAUACAGCAUCGCUGAAUCUGUUCAGAAAAUUGGGUUUUGUGGAUAUAUCAUACAGUGAAGUAUUUAAGGAGGUUACUCUAGAGCUGCCUAGUAGAGGGAUCUUUCCAAUAAAGAGUCGGCAAGAUACCAAGGCACAAAAUGUUCCAAUUGAGUUCUGAUCCUGCACCGAGAUUCUCCUGGAUGGCUCGCCGAGCUGGCUUAUGCUUUGACCACUGUUGCCAAGAAGACAAGGGAUCACCGCCGCCAGGAAUAUCUGCAAACAAAGGUGUUGGGAUGUGGCUGGCGUUUACACUCCGACACUCAAAUCAAAUCAAAAGCAGUAGUAAGAAGAGGAACUUAAAAUAAUAGAGAGUUUAGCAAUGGAGAUGAACCUCCCUCUGCUUUCGUGAUGGAGAUACCUUUUCAUACUGUUGUAGAUGGCUCUUCUUUUUUCCCUGCUUGAUGAUGACAUAUUAAUUACAGACAAAAUAUGAAGUAUUUCAUUUGAUUACUUCUUCACAUUAAUGAUGUAUGUAUUAAUUUUAUUAAUUAAGGAUGAAAUAUCCUCUUUUAUUC